AACACUCCCACCUCCCUCUCCGAAGACAAACAUCUGACAGAAGACAAACAGCUAAAUCAGCUCGGUGCUUUACUCAAACAUCUUAAAACAAGAUGAAGAAGUUACUUUUGUUGCUUCUCUUCUGUCGCGCUUCAUCAGUGAAACACUCCCUGCAGUUUUUCUUUACUGGAUCCUCUGGAGUCCCAAACUUCCCAGAGUUUGUGGGUGCUGCAGUGGUUGAUGAAUUUCUGGUGGCUUACUGUGACACCAACAUCAUGAAAGUAGAACCAAAACAGGAAUGGGGAAAGAAGAUUAAUGAAAACCAUCCUCAGCACUUUGAGCGGUUAACUCAUGAGUGUUUUGAGAUUAAGCCAAACUUCUUGAAAGCUACAAUUGAUAGCUUGAAGCAACGCUUCAACCAAAGUGGAGGUAUCCAUAUUUUACAGCAGAUGUUUGGCUGUGAGUGGGACGAUGAGACUGGAGAGGUUAAUGGUUUUAAUCAGUAUGGUUAUAAUGGAGAAGACUUCCUAUCAUUCGACCUGAGGACAUUGACAUGGGUUGCUCCGAAACCACAGGCUGUCAUCACCAAACUGAGAUGGGGUGCUGACAAAGCUAGAAUAAAAUACAAUGAGAUGAUCCUGAGUCAGAUGUUACCUGAGUUCCUGAAGGCGUAUGUGGCCUUUGGCAAGAGCUUUCUGCUGAGAACAGACCUUCCCUCAGUGUCUCUCCUCCAGAAGUCUCCCUCCUCUCCAGUCAGCUGUCACGCUACAGGUUUCUACCCUAACAGAGCCAUAAUGCUCUGGAGGAACGAUGGAGAGGAGAUUCAUGAGAAUGUGGCUCUCGGAGAGAUUCUCCCCAACCAUGAUGGAACCUUCCAGAUGAGUGUUGACCUGGACCUUUCAUCAGUCCCACCCGAAGACUGGAGGAGGUACGACUGUGUGUUUCAUCUCUCUGGUGUGAAGGAUGACAUCAUCACCAAACUGGACAAAGCAGUGAUCAGGACCAACUGGGAGAAGCCUUCUGACAUGACCAUUACCAUCCCUGCUGCAGUGGCUGUUCUUGCUGUCGUCCUCAUGGCUGCCAUUGGAUUCACUGUUUACAAAAAGAAGAAAGCUGAAUGCCCUCAAUGUCCUCCCGACAACGGCUCUGAGCUCUCUGAGAAACUGAAUCCAGAGACCUGAUUUACAGACACAUCCUGGGCACUGUGAAUUACUUCAAAUGGGACACAAAGCAAUA